CAAAAAAACGCAGCUCCCCCUACAAUCAGGCCCCCAAAACACCCCUUCUCUCCUCCCUCUCCUUAUCCCAAAAGCACCACCAAUUAGAUAACAUGGCUCACCGAACCACCCGCAGGCGCAUCUUAGCAGCACCAGAACCUAUCCCAUCAUCCCAUUCCAUAGAUCCCACCCUAAAAAAGUUGCUUAAACCUACCAUAACCAGCCACCCAACAACCCAGAAUUCAGAUCCAUUAAUACGUUCCCAGAAGCCCUUUUUCAGGACCAAUCAUUUCUCAAGAUUGAACCUUAAUCACAAAAGCCUUACACCCCAAAAACCUACCAACAACCGACAUAACCACCCUCCGUCUAGCAGAGACAUUCAUUUACAAGCCAAAGCCAUGAUAGUUUCAGCUGAUGCUGAUUCCGCCCGGUUUUCACUUAUCAAAGCAAACUACCUUCCCCAUAAAACAACUAAAGAAUCAUUGAAAGAGAAGGUCAGGAAAGCAUCAAAGGAUUUGGAUAAAAAGAAAGAACAACAUCAUCAAAGAUCAGUGCUUGAUAGCAAGAAAAUAGCUUUGACAGUGAAGGAGAAAGAGGUGAAGAAUCUGCAUGAAGGGCAUCAUGAUAUGAAGAAGGCUUCAGCUUCAUUACGCAGAAGGAGAUCCUUUUGUGGUUCACAAGUAGAGUUGGCUGAUAUUCUUGCAAAUUGUGGUGUCAAAAUUGUUUCAGUUGAUAUGCCACCGUUUAUGCAGAUCCAUGCUGUUGAGUGUGCAAGAAGGACUCAUGAUAGCCUUGAAAAGUUCACUGCCAAGACCCUUGCACUCACUCUCAAGAAGGAGUUUGAUGGUGUCUAUGGACCGGCAUGGCAUUGUAUCGUGGGGUCAAGUUUUGGGUCUUUUGUUACACAUUCAGUAGGUGGGUUUCUGUAUUUCUCAAUGGAUCAAAAGUUGUACGUCCUCUUGUUUAAGACAACUGUAGAGAGAGCUGAUUGAAAAGUGGGGUGACGGAGAACAUUUUGAAUUUUGGAAGUGGGCUGACAUAGAAAAACUUUUGGAAGCUUAAAGCAGUUUUGUCAUAUUUGUAGCUUGUACAUUGCUUUUUAUAUUAAGAAAAGAGUAGGACAUUUUGUUUUAAUUUCAAUUGUGGAAGCCACCCUUUUUAAGUGGUCUAGCCUGUAAGGCGUACUUCUUGGAAUGUAGUGCCUUGUUUUGGUUUAGAAAUACAGAAUCCAUUAGCAGCUCACUUUCCACCGUGCCAUCUUCAUUUUGAUCUUCAUUUUGUCUCCUAUUUUGUACUAAUUCUCUCUCUUUUGUAAAUUUCUUGAACUUCCCAUUGUUUACUUCUUGAAUUUAAGAUAUUGCAUGAAACUCUUGAUCAGUUCCUCAUAUCUUGCUUUUUGGUAUUGAACAAGCCAAAGCUAGGAAUACAAGAGAUAUUGCUUAAAAUGAUAAAGUACAAUUGCUAGAGAAUGGAACUUGUUACGCCCAUUUACCUGAUCAAAGCUUGGUCAAAAUAAUUACAAUAUACGCUCAAGUUACCAUGUCAUCAGUAUCUAAAAAAUGGCUCAUCCCUUGCCAAGAGAAGGACUCGUCCAACAUCCCCGAUGACAUCCCAUCAAGGCAUCAUAUUAUAACUAAAUGCUUGGCCUGCGCCAAACUGAGAUCAUUAAAUGUGACACAUAGCCACCCAUGUGGAGCUUACCCUUUUUGAGCUCCACAUAUACUUUCUAUCAACUGUCAACUAUCUCGUCAAGUUAUCAUUUAUUGUUUCAUAUAUAAGGUAAUGAGGAAACUCAGGUACAUAAGACAAUACACAUACUUCACAUUUACAUAUGCUCGUACUAGAGAACCUUUUUUCACACACUUCACCUCCUUUUUCAUUUUUCCUUAAACAUCUUACUAACUUGAGUAUCGAAGUGUGCUUCAAAAAAAUAACUCCGACGCCUUUGACUGUGCUUUUUGGCAAUAGGUUCAGGUCACACAACUUCCAACAACCUCAAACUAGCUUCCUUCAACUAAGACAUCAAAAAUACCAUCAACAAUUGGCACAAUCUAUAGGAAACGACAACUAUGUCUCACCAUCUUUAUUCUUAUGAAACUACAACACCCAUCAUUAAUGCAAUAACCUAACCUGCAGCAAUCCCUGAUGUAGUAACUAUGCUAACAACCACUACAUAAAUCUCAUCACCAAAUAUUGCUUAUAGGAUUUUCUUGUUCCUUAACAACCAUCUCUUAUUAAAUGCUUGGACCAUAUAGUCUC